GCUUCAAUGCUGUAGUCUCACUGUUCAGGCCUGUGAGAGUUUGUCUUCAGCUCUACAAUCCUCAAACUGUGUCCUGAGAGAGCUGGACCUGAGUAACAAUGACCUGCAGGAUUCAGGAGUGAAGCUUCUCUCUGAUGGACUGAAGAGUUCAAACUGUAAACUGGAGACACUGAGUUUGUCUGGCUGUAUGGUGACAGAGGAAGGCUGUGGUUUUCUGUCUUCAGCUCUGAGUUCAAACCCCUCACACCUGAGAGAGCUGGAUCUGAGCUACAAUCAUCUAGGAGAUUCAGGAGUCAAGCUCCUCUCUAAAAAACUGGAGGAUUCAAACUACACACUGGAAAGACUUAGUCUAGAUCAUGGAGGAGAGAAGAGGAUUACAGCAGGACCACGCAAAUAUGCCUGUUUUCUCACACUGGAUCCAAACACAGCACACACUCAUCUCAUUCUGUCUGAGAAGAACAGAAAGGUGACACAUGUGGAAAAGAAACAGUCGUAUCCUGAUCAUCCAGACAGAUUUGAUGAUGAUGUGUGUCCUCAGGUGUUGUGCAGAGAGAGUGUGUGUGGACGCUGUUACUGGGAGAUUGACUGCAGUGGAAAUGAUUAUGUUUUUAUAUCAGUUUCAUAUAAGAGCAUGAGCAGAAAGGGAUGGUAUGAGUGUGUGUUUGGACGUAAUGAUCAGUCCUGGAGUUUGGGCUGCUCUCCCUCCAAAUUCUCAUUCAGACACAAUAACAGAAAGGCAGAACUCCCAGUCAGGCCAAUUAGUCGAAGAAUAGGAGUGUUUGUGGAUCACAGUGCAGGAACUCUGAUCUUCUACAACAUCUAUAAAGACACAAUGAGCCUCAUCCACACAGUCCAGACCACAUUCACUGAGCCGCUCUAUCCUGGGUUUAGGCCUAAAUAUAGAUCAUCAGUGACACUGUGCUGAAGACUGAGAGACUGAGGAGAGAAUUACCCAUAAUCCUCUGCAGGAUCUGUCAGAAGCAGUUAGAUGUUUUAGAAUCUCUUCUGUGAUUGUUCACUGCUAUGAGUGCACUUGGUUGGGUUAAUGCAAAACAUUUCCUUCCUUUUUUCACUUUCUUCCUUAUUUUAAUUUAUUAGUUUGAUUAAAGUUAGAAUAAUUAUUA